AUGGAUACUACUGUGAAUUCGGGGAGUUACUUCACCCUGACAUCACUUCUUAAUGAAAGCCUGGACGUCAAAUACGUAGAAGGAAACACAAGAGUGGAAUAUUCUAUCCUCGCUCAUAUGGCUGGAGUGCGUCACAUUCUGCCUCAGAACUGGAACAGUGACAUCUUGGCCACAGUAGUCGCCUCUCCUCUAUACUGUAAACAGAAGGUGCUGCUUGAACCGAACUGUCUAUUCCGAUCUCAGAUCCUCGUGGGUCUCAAACCGUCUACUUCAUGGACUUGGGAAUUCGCCUUUCGUACACAUCGCUCCGACCAGAAUCUCUUUUCUAUCCAUACCUCCAAUUCUAGAACACUUCUAGUACACCUAGAACGAGAUUUCUUUUUGCGGACUGAUUCCUCAGAUGUUCCGUUCCCCGUGCACCAAUUAUCUGAUGGACAAUGGCACACGAUUACCAUCCACUCUGAACAGGGCGACGUCUUCUUCACAGUAGACGACUCUAAAAAGAUUCGUUUGACAGAGCUCGAUAACCCCGAAUCGAGGCUGUCUGCCGUAGAGGUCGAAUUGGAUGGUGAAAUUUUGCUGAUCGAUCCAUCGGACACUUCUGAAAACUGUGAACUCAAUGGUCAGAGAAAACUUUAUGGCCACUCCCAACCAAAGCCUCCAUGUAAUGGAUGUGACUGCCAAAUCCUCUCAGGGAUUUUUCAUGACUUCCCAGCUUUUACCUGCCCACACAAAGAGGAUGAAGCUUACCAUCUGAUACGAGACCCCGACCGUCUAUCAUUUUUCUACCAUCCCUUUCCGUCAAGAGAUAAUCUUCGUCUUGGACUCAGCUUCAAGAGUGAAUCGGACAUUGGCCUUCUGCUGUUUGGAUUCUGGCAAGAGGACGAGAGAAAAGGGCGCUUCCAAGUUCAUUAUCGGGGACGAUAUCUCAUCGCCAUCUANUUUCCGUCAAGAGAUAAUCUUCGUCUUGGACUCAGCUUUAAGAGUGAAUCGGACAUUGGCCUUCUGCUGUUUGGAUUCUGGCAAGAGGACGAGAGAAAAGGGCGCUUCCAAGUUCAUUAUCGGGGACGAUAUCUCAUCGCCAUCUAUUGCGUGAACAACGGGGAAGAGGUCUGCAAUAGCUGUUCCGUGAAGAAAAUGGAAGGGUUUGGGAACGAUCAGUGGACACGGGUAGCAUUUUUCAUGUACGACGGAGAGAUGUCUCUUGUUGUCGACAAAGACGCUUGCAUUCUUCGUGAUCUCAACGGGCAAGAUGGACUGAGCUUAGCCGAAGUGUAUUCGAUUCCUGCGUUGGCAACUGGAAGUGCGCUGUUUAUAGGCGGAAUGUAUUAUGAGAAGAAAAAAUCUGGAGUCUAUAAGCCAACCUUUGAACACAAGUUCUUCGAGAACACAAGGGAGAAGGUUCCAUCAUUACGGGGAUGCCUGAAGGACGUUUACAUUGACGGUGAACGAGUCGAUCUUUCUACCAUCUUCAGUCGACAGUUGGAGCACACACUGAUCGAUGCCGGAGAUGACAGUGCCUAUUCUAUACAGGUUGGCUGCCCUAGUUGUUCCCCGUCAUGUCCGCCUGGCGUACGUUGCCGUCCCAAUGAGCCGCGUCAAAUCACAUAUGAAUGCGACUGUUCAGAUAUUGAGGAGUUCUCACUCGGUCGAUGCCGCUCCACUGAUCGGUUGCGGCCGAAUCCAUCAGUGCCACUGUCAACUGCAUACCUCGAUUCGCCGGCGCCGGUAUUGCAUUUAGCGUCAACAAAAGCGGCUCUGAGCAAGGUAUGGAUGAAAGUGUCAUUACCUCGGGAAGUCGACCGUAAGAUGAUCAUUGCCGAAUUCAACUCUCUUCGUGAAAUGCUGUUCUACAUCUUCGUCGAUUCCGACGGUAUCGGCGUCCACCUCAAUCCGAGCACUCAGGAUCGCUUCGAGACCAUCGUCACAGAACCGGUAUCAUUGGAGGAUGAGCGUGUUCACUUGAUUACUUUGGAGCGGAAGACACCUCUCGGCACCCGUCAUGCUUCAAAGAAGUUCAAUCUUUACAUUGACGGCGUCUACAAUGAAAUCCCAGACAUUGCUAAGUACCCACUGAACAAUAUUUCAAUAAAAGCUGAUGAAAGCGGGGAGACCAAUCCUGUAAUCAUUCACGAUAUGGGAGUAGCAUACGAGUAUGACGAGCAUCAGCCAUUCCUUCACCAUCACUCAAACCGACUGCAUCAGGUGGACGUUCAGUCAAUGUUGCUCCGACAUCGUCUUCACGGUCCCAUGGAGGAUGUGGCGAUUACUGAUCCAUUCCUCUGGAAAAAAGUCCCGUCAGCAGCAGCAAGAUCGUCUCCACCCGGUGAAAUAGUGCCGUAUACACCGGAUUCUUUCGAACCUCAACGACUACUGUCGGCAAGCUGGCUGAUCUACUCGCUGAUACUGACCACAGCGUUGUGUCUCCUGCUCACUAUCUGCCUCGUGUUGUACUGCUGUGUCUUACGAAGGCAAAGAAGGAGAGGAAGUCAGGCAUCUGACCGAGACCGUAUUCUUAGGGAUAGUCCUGACUACUCAGUAAAACUGAGGUCGAACAGGACCGAUUCCGUUUCCUCAUAUGACGGUGACGGCUCAAUAGGCACAGACGACACCGAUUUGAAUGCUUAUCGUGACAUUCCCAGCCACCGUGUGAAGGUGUACAGGGAGUCGAUGGUGUCCAUACUAGUGCCCGGCGUAGACCAGCCCAGCGAGGCGAUCGUGAAGCGAAUAUCAAGUGUGGAAAAAGUGAGCACGCCGCCGCUACUUGCUCCCAGUCCUGCUCCUUUGGUCAACAUGAACGAGCAUUGA